AUGCAACAACUCCCUCCACAGGCACAAGGUUCCGAAGAGGAAAGAGCAAAACAAGAACAACAAAAGAAAGCAUUAGAAGAAGCAGAGGAAAAGAGAAGAGCUCUUCUUUCUCAGAUCUUGGAUGGUGAUGCAAGAGAAAGAUUAAACAGAAUUUCACUUGUUAGGCCAGAAAGAGCACGAUCCUUUGAAGACUAUGUCAUCAAGUUAGCUCAGACUGGAAAAUUGCCAGGAAAGAUUAAUGAGGAAACGUUAGUGAAAAUGUUAGAACAAAUGUCAGGAUCGUCAACCAAGGUCAAAAUUCAACGAAAGAAGAGUGCAUUUGACAGCGACGAAGAAGCUGAUGAAGACGAGGACGAGGAUGAAGAUGAAGAUGAUUUCUACAAGUAA